AUUAACCCUCCCCCUUCUCGAACCCUCGGCUAACGCUGUCGUCUCCAUUUGUUUCUCUCCUAAACCCGGCGUCGUUCCCAAGCACGGCGGAACUUAUUUCCUCUCUCUUACCUCUCUCACACCGCCCAAUUUCAACCUCACCCGAAUGGAUCCCGACGCGGUAGCUAAAGCAUUCGUCGAUCAUUAUUACUCCACUUUCGAUGCCAAUCGAGCCAAUCUUGGUAAUCUCUACCAAGACAAUUCCAUGUUGACGUUUGAAGGUCAGAAGAUCCAAGGCUCACCUAAUAUCGUCGCCAAGCUCUCUAGUCUACCCUUCCAGCAGUGCAAGCACUCCGUUAGCACCGUUGAUUGCCAGCCUUCUGGUCCUACUGGUGGCAUGCUUGUCUUCGUCAGCGGCAAUCUUCAACUCGCUGGUGAACAACACGCUCUCAAAUUCAGUCAGAUGUUCCAUUUGAUGCCAACCCCACAAGGAAGCUUCUUUGUGCAGAACGACAUUUUCCGAUUGAACUAUGCCUGAAGUUGAGAGUAAUCCAUGGUGUAUUGUGAGACCUGAAAUGUCAGGUUAUUCAAACAGUUUGUUUAUCACCUUUCAGUUUUUUAGACAUUUCAAAUUGGGACUUGGAUUAUAUUUUAUUGUGCUUAUGCUUCAAUGUGUGCCUAUGCAAAGUCGAAUUUCUUGGUUGUCAUUGAGAAUUGAUGAAAUAGAUACUUUCUUCAAAUUCAAGUACUCCCUGCGUUCUAUCCAAAA